AUGGCUGAAGAGUACAGCGAUAAUGAAAUUGAAUUCGACUUCGACAACGAGGCGAACGAGUUCGCCUUGCCUACGGGCGCACAAUGCACGGCACCCCUCCCUGACACUUCGGUGGACGCCUUCGAAGCGCUAUAUUCGGCAUUUCUCUUGGCCCAAUACGAUGAACGUCCAGAUGCGUCGGCCACCACCUCUUCGCUCGAUCGUCCGCAUACCUUCAGCCAGACAGUCCCCCAACUCCGUCCGUUCAAUCCACCCGUCGAUGCUUUGGGUGAGGAAAACUUGCCCGCUUGCAUCGAUCCGUCAGCCACGUACCAACAAACAUCCAUAGUCCCUGCACCUCCGCCUCCUAAUCAAAACGAUCCACCUUUUCCCGCUGUCCCUAGCCUACCCCGUGCGAAGAGGCCACGAGCCGAGCGAUCUGAGAACGCAGGGAGCUCUGCGGAGCUCUCCUCCCGCAAACGUCGGCGUACGGCGGUGCCCCCGACGGCUAUCGUUGAAAAUGGACGCAUAUUCAGCACACCUGUCCUCUAUCCGGAGACGGAGGCCGCACACACAACUGUCCAAGAUGCUUUCGUCAACGAAACUUCCACACGUUCAAGAGCAGACGACGGUGCGGCACCACCAGCCGCGGACAAAGAGAACGUCCCCGCCGUCUCGGGGCCUGCGCGGAAACGCACACGCACGGACGAGCUGGACGGCGGGCCAUCUGGCACAAGCAAGCGCCGCAAGAAGCAAGCGCUGCUGGACGCUCCAGAAACUAUCAAUGCCCCUCCACUGCUGCGCGCUCCCCUCCAUGUCGGCGGGUACGGUGUGUAUCUCGGUAGUCGUCGUCCGCGUUCGCUGCCUUACUCGAGUGAUAAAGCCAGGUCGUCCGCCCUGGGCGGGACCACCGUAACCGCCUCGACGAUCGGUCUAUCUGCUCCCGGUGAGCAGCCAAGCAACGCCGGAUGCCCUCAGUCCGGGCCUGAGCUCUACCGAGGGCUGCGCGAUGCAAGAUCGCAGGCCCAACAAGGGUCGCACCAGCUCUCAAGCACCACCAGCGGGACACCCCAACCCACCAGCGACGUGCGCGGACCCCCUGCCCCGCGUCACCGUCGUCUCGCCGCGCAGAACGCCCCUGCCGGGCCAUCCCGAUCCCAUGCAGGACCCUCCGGUGCGGCACAAGCUCCCCCCCUCCCACCGAAAGCCAAACGCACGCGCCUCCGGCCGCCCGCAGCCGACCCGCGCUCCCCCAGCGCCUCCGCGCACCCAUCCCGCUCAUCAGCCAAACCCAGCCCCAAACCCGUAGUCAGGCCCAAAGCCGUCGCCAGGCCCAAAGCCAACGCCCGCCGCGCCUGCCCCGUCCCCCUCCCAAGCUCAGGCGCGCCCUGCCCGCGCACCUUCUCGCGCGAGACCGACGUGCACCGGCACAUCCUCCACGCGCACCUCGGCGUGCGCACGUACUGCGUCUCCGCGGCGCACGCGCGCGGGCCCGCGCCCAUCGCGCGGCACGACGGCCUCAAGCGCCACUUCGCGAGCGAGGCCUGUCUCGGGGGCGCGACGCGUACGACGCCGCCUGGCGCGCCCUCGCCGAGCAACUAUCCCUUUGGAGUUGGAGUUGUGAUUGGAGCUGGAAGCGCGCGCGAGACGGGCGAGGUGCGCGCGGAGGUGCGCAAGGAGGCGCAGCGCGCGCUGGGCCGGGCGCUGGGGCGCAUCGCGAUGCCGUGCUACCAGGCGCCCGGGUUCUGGGCGGCGGUCGCGCACCUGCCCGCGGGGCGGACGCCGCUGCAGCUCGAGCGGUGGCUGGGGCGGCACGCGCGCGUCGUGCGCUGCCGGUGCGGGGUGUGCGAGGGGAUGGCGGACUGGGAGCUGGACGUCAGGCCUGAUGAGCGGACGGCGGGCCCUGUCGCGAGCCUUGCACUUGAGGCGUCUGCGCGUCGGGGGGAUGACGAUAAGAUGCCCCCGGAGGAGGAAGAGGGCGUAGAGGAAGACCCUCCUACGAGGCAGCAAGAUAUGGAGGCCAAUUCUGCCCUUGUCCUGAACCCGGAGUCAGUUGUGCCGCAUCAUUCGGAAGUCAGUUGGGAUACACCAGCUGUAGCACCACCUUCUUUGGAUGAUUUUUGGGCAGAGUGGCUGGACGCGGGGCUGCUGUUUCAAAUCGAGCCAGCGAGCGAAGACCAACCCGAGAACACUACCCUGAUAGGGUCAGGCUAG